AUGCUUGAAAUACCCUUCAAUGAUAAUACGAGUGAAGCAUAUGAGAGAUGGCAGAAAACACCGGUCCCUCUGUUCAUGAAAUUCACUUUCUUCGUGUGCAGGAAUGCCGACACUUAUACCAACUUAAGUGAUAUUGAAUUAGAAGAGAGAGGGCCCUAUGUUUACGAAGAGAUCAGAUUUAAGCAGAAUAUUACGGUUUAUGAUGAUGAGAUAUCAUACUUGGAGAAUAAGACUUAUAAGUUUAGACCAGAUUUGUCUAAACAUGGUUUGAGCGAGGAUGACAAUGUCACCAUCGUCAACUUUCCCAUGAUGGGCUAUACAUUAUUAGAGCCCGAAUGGACGGUAAACAACGAACACGACCCAACCACAGACAUUUGGAUCAACGACCCGUUCGUCCGUCACUGUAAUAAACUGAAGGGAACUGACGGACAAUUCUUCAAACCUAAUCUAGAGAAAGGCGACACUAUUUAUGCGUUUGAACCGCAACUUUGCAGAUCGGUUUACUUUAAGUACUGGAAAGAGAGUGAAGUGCAAGACAUAGACACGUAUAGGUUUAGAGUACCGCAGGAAUACUUUCAGUGUCCACUCGUUAACAAAGAUAACACGUGUUAUUGCAACCGACCAAAUAUCACGCUUUGCAAUAGGAAUGGUAUGCUUGAUAUCUCUCACUGUCAGUACCGAUCAUUUGGCGCACCCAUUAUAAUGUCGUCUCCCUAUUGGAAUAACGGCGACCCAACUCUUCGCACACAAUUCAAGUCAGAACUAAAGCCACUCAAAGAACUCAAUGAUGACAACUACGGAACAUAUCUCGAUAUUGAACCCAUAACGGGAACCACUUUAAGAGCGUAUAGAAGAAUGCAAAUGAGUAUAAGAAUCAGUGGAAGGGAUGAGGACGAAUUCAAAUUAUACUAUCCACAAUUGGCCAAAACAAACAAAUCAAUUGAAUAUAUUGUCCCCGGGUUUUGGGUCGAAGAGACGGCAGAGGCAGACGGUGACCAAGCUGAUAAAUGGAAAUCAAUGGUUGGCAAUAAAGUCAAACUGGGAAAAGGGCUCUCUAUAGCGGCCAUAACUUCAUUUUUAAUAAUGUGA